AUGAAAGCUAUAAUAAACGCAUUCCUACGCUGCCUUUCUUUCCUCUUGCCUCUCUCCUGGCUUCACCUAGGGUUUUGCUGGUGGGUUGGCGAUGAGUGUACAGGGAUGCCACGGCCCAAUCCUAGGGCUCGUUUCAGUACGGGAAAGCCUCUUACAUAUGAGGAAGUAACAGCACAAGACGACUCCAUCCCCUCCGCUUCCCCUGUCCCUAGCUGUGUCUCGCUAGCUGCUGACAGCUCCGUGCCUCCACAGUAUUCUUGGUGGGGCAGAAUCCGGGAGCUUUGGCAGGCUGUGGAGCACAUCUUUGGGGCUCCCUUCGCCGUCCACGAGCGCUGGUGCCAAAAAAAACGAGGGUUUUAUCCUCAGUACACCGUUGAUUGCAGUUCCCAUUCGAGUACAACUAACAUUGGAGGAAGCGCUACCGAAGAGGCGAACGAACCAAGAAAAGACCACUUCUCCCCUAAUGACAUGAGUGCGACUACGGAAAUGCCGAAUCCCGCCGAACGCGUGUCAGAUUCAGUGGAGAAAAAUAUCGACGAGGUGAUUAAUGUGGACCCGCACCUGCAGGAGAUGGGGACGCAAGUAACUAUAACUGUCGCUAUUCAGGCGGCGGAGGACGAAGAGCCAGACGAAGAAAUUUCUUCCAACAACAUUGACUUCCACGGAGGUAGCUGUAGUGAGGACGAAAUAGGGAGGCAUGAGAAAUCCAGUGGAGCUGGCACUAGUGGAGGGGAGGUGGAAGAAGAGAGUUGGCAGCCUCCAGACCCUGACCUCAUACAGAAGCUCGUGGCUCAGAUUGAGUACUACUUGUCCGACGAAAACCUAGAACACGAUGCCUUCUUACUGAAACACGUCCGUCGCAACAAGCUGGGUUUCGUCAGCGUCAAGCUGCUCACCUCCUUUAAGAAGGUGAAGCACCUGACGCGAGACUGGAGGACGACGGCGUACGCGCUCCGCCACUCCGCGCUCCUCGAGCUCAACGAGGAGGGCCGCAAGGUGAGGCGCAGGUCGACCGUUCCCGUCUUCGCCAGCGAGUCUCUGCCCAGCCGCAUGCUGCUGCUCAGCGAGCUCCGCCGCUGGCCGGAGUUGGGCGUGGCGCUGCAGGGCGGGGCGGGGGACGGCGGUGGAGGAGGAGGCGGGGCCACGCAGCAAGAACGGCUGAUGGAGCUUCUCCUCAAGGCGUUCGGGAUUUACGGCCCCAUCGCCUCCGUGCGGGUGCUAAAGCCCGGCAAAGACCUCCCCUCGGACCUGAAGAAGCUGAGCGGGCGUUACGCGCAGCUGGGCACGGAGGAGUGCGCCAUCGUCGAGUUCGAGGAGGUGGAGGCUGCCAUCAAGGCCCACGAGGCCGUCGGCAGCGAGAGGGACGGUAACGGACCCCUGGGACUGAAGGUGGUUCUGAUCGGCACCAAGCCGCCCAAAAAGAAGAUCGCCAAAGACCGGCCGCGGGAGGAGGGAGGCAUGCGCAAAAGCCGCUCGCUCAACAGCCGGGUGCGGGAGCUGCAGUACCACGGCGACGACUCGGCCUGCAGCUCCUCGGAAACGGAGAGCAACCCCACUUCGCCCAGGCUGGCUCGCAAGUCCCGCUCCGUCAACAAGCUCAGCCCCACCAGCGUGGGUCCGACGUUCCAGCAGAGCAAUCACCUGAGUCCCGUCGUGUCCCCGCGGAACAGCCCCUGGUCCAGCCCGCGGGCCAGCCCCUGCCCCCAGCGCAAGUCCCCCCACCCCGCCGUCUCCCCCCUGGCCAGCGAGGGCCGGCUCAGCCCGGAGCCGGGGCGGCGCUGGGCGGACUACUCCUCGGACAGCAGCCUCACUCCGUCCGGCAGCCCCUGGGUGCAGCGGAGGAAGCAGGUGGCCUCCCAAGAGAGCAGUCCCGUCGGCAGCCCCAUGCUGGGGAGAAAGAUCCAGAACGCGGACGGUCUUCCGCCGGGCGUGGUGCGGCUCCCCCGCGGCCCGGACGGCACGCGCGGCUUUCACUGCGUCUCCGCGGGCGAGAGAGGCAAAUCUGCCGCCACGCAGACUUGAUCGGUCCUGGUCCUUGUGUCUCUUUUACCCCUGAACUGUACAGAACUAUGUGGCAGUGAGGUCUCUGCUCUGCUCUCUCCCGUUACCUAAUGAUUUUACACCUGUCCACAUUUAAGAGAGA